AUGAGCAGCACUUUCAUGAAGAUCUGGCUGUGGUUAUUACUCUUUUAUUCUGGCUGGCCCGGGGUCAGCUAUGCACAACAUUCCAACCCCCCAGAAGUAGUGAUACCCUUGAAGUUAACUAGCCUUGGGGGAAACAGUAGCCAUCCAUUCUGGUUCUCCUACAGCCUACAUUUUGGGGGCCACAGAUAUAUUGUCCAUAUGAAGAUCAAGAAGUUUUUCAUAUCCAGACACUUCUCUGUGUUUAGCUACACAGACCAGGGAGCUGUCUUUGCAGAUGAACCAUUUGUCCCUAGUAACUGCUAUUACCAUGGUUAUGUGCAAGGAGACCCAGAUUCUCUGGUGGUCCUUAGCACCUGUUUGGGGGGCUUUCAAGGAACACUAAAAAUAAAUAAUAUGCUUUAUGAAAUCAAACCCAAGAGGCUUUCUACCACCUUUGAACAUCUGGUUUAUAAGGUGGAGAGUGAGGAGACACAUUCCCCCACCAUGCGAUGUGCCUUAACAGAAGAAAUAGCACGUCAAUUGAAGUCUCAAGACAGUGAUAAGUUCGUGCAGAGGCAAAGUGAUUAUAAGGGCUGGUGGACCCAUAGAAAUUUCCUUGAACUUGUAUUAGUUGUGGACAAUCAACGAUUCAUUCAUCGAGGAAGUAAUACCUCAAAUGUGAUACAGGAAGUAUUCACCAUUAUGAAUGAAGUGAAUUCCCUGUUAUUUUCACUAGAUGUUGAUGCUGUUUUACUUGGACUUGAGAUCUGGAAUAAAAACAAUUUUGUGUCAAGAAAGGAAAUACAUGAUCUCCUGUUAGACUUUUGCCUUUGGAAAAGAAAGAGUCUCGACUCUCGGAUAAAAAAUGAUAUUGUACAUCUUUUCAUACAACAGUAUUUUGGUAUCACUGUAGGCUUGGCAUAUGUUGGAACUGUAUGUAAUGCGAAUUAUAAUUGUGGAGUUGACCAGGUCGUGGGGGAGGAUUUGCAUCGCAUUGGACAUAUAGUGGCACAUGAGAUAGGUCAUAACUUUGGUAUGGAACACGAUGAUAAAGAUGUGUGUAUAUGUGGAAUGAAGAACUGCAUAAUGGCACCAAUAGAAAAUGAAUCCACACAAUUCAGCAACUGCAGUUAUUCUGCUCUGAUGAAAACGACUAGCAGUACAAAUUGUAUGCGCAUGCCACCAAACCCAUUGCACAUAUACAAAAAUGAGCUCUGUGGGAAUAGUGUGAUUGAUGCUGGAGAGCAGUGUGACUGUGGAUCCCUGAAAAGAUGUGCAGAUGACGCAUGCUGCCUAGCAAACUGCACUCUGAAAUCUGGGGCCGCAUGUGCUUCUGGGCUCUGUUGCAAAGAUUGUCACAUCAUGCCUUCAGGCACCAUGUGCAGAGCAAAGCAAAAUGAAUGUGAUCUCCCAGAAUGGUGUAACGGGAUUUCACAACAGUGUCCAGAAGAUGUGUUUUUGCUGGGUGGCACUCCUUGCCUCAGCACUGGCCUCUGCUAUCAAAAGAGAUGUAAUAACCGAGAUGAACAAUGUCGGCAGAUUUUUGGUGAACAAGCCAGAAAUGCACAAGAGAAAUGCUACAUGGAAGUGAACACCCGAGGUGACCGUUUUGGAAACUGUGGUUUAACUAGCAAUGAUUACAUCAAGUGCCCUAUCUCAGAUAGCCUCUGUGGGAGACUUCAGUGUGAGAAUAUCUCACAGAUCCCAUCUUUGGAAGACCACUCUAAUGUUCAUUGGACUCACUUCAAUGAGGUCACCUGCUGGGGUACUGACUACCAUUGGGGGAUGACCAAACAGGACACUGGUUAUGUGAAAGAUGGCACUGAGUGUGGUCUAAUGCAUAUGUGCCACAACAAGAGGUGUACCAUUAAGCCAUUUUGGUCAACUGUCUGUUCAUCACGAAAGUGCAAUAUGAAAGGUGUCUGCAAUAAUAAACAUCACUGCCAUUGCAAUAUGGGAUGGGGCCCACCAAACUGCUUGAUACAGGGCUUUGGAGGGAGUAUUGAUAGCGGCCCACCUCCCAGGGGACACAUUAAGUUUGUAGAAGAAAAAGUGCCUAUGAUGGCUGAGGGUGAGGGCCUGGAGCCUAUGAGAAGCACUGUUCGGCAACUCUGGCUGGCAGUGUUAACUCUGCCUUUCUGCUUGGCCCAGGAUUGGGCAAGCUCAACACCACCACCACCACCCCCAGAAGUGCUGAUAGCCAGGAAGAUAAAUGACAACUGGGGAGGCCUUAGGUCCCCAGCAUGGCUCUCCUACAGCCUACACUUUGGGAAUAAGAGACAUAUUGUCCACAUUAAAGCUAAGCAAUUUUUGGUGUCUGCGCCCUUCUCUGUGUUCACCUACACAGAGCAGGGAGCUCUCCUUGAGGAUCAACCAUUUGUCCAGAAUGACUGCUACUACCAGGGCUAUGUGGAAGGGGACCCAGAAUCCCUGAGAAAUAGCCUUAAUGUUCGCAUAAAAUCUGAUGUUGGACAUCUUUUAAUACAACAAAAAUUUGAUGGAAAUCUUGGCAAGGCAUAUAUUCGGACUGUAUACAAUUCAGUCUUUAAUUGUGGAGUUAAUCGUAUCCUAGGGGAGAAUUUGUAUCAUGUUGGACAUAGUGUGGCACAUGAGAUUGGUCAUAAUUUGGGCAUGUUUCAUGAUAAACCUGGAUGUACCUGUGGAUUGAAAUUAUGCAUCAUGGCUCCAGAAGACAAUUUUUCCAAAACAUUCAGCAACUGCAGCUAUGCUAAAUUUAUAGAGACUAUUGCAAAGACGGAUUGUAUGCGCUUGCCACCUAGCCCGUUACACACAUAUAAAUAUGAGUUCUGUGGGGAUGGUGUGAUUGAUGAUGGCGAGGAAUGUGACUGUGGAUCCCUGAAAUUGUGCGAACAAGAACCAUGUUGUCUGGCAAACUGCACUCUGAAAUCUGGGGCUGAAUGUGCUUCUGGGCUCUGUUGUGAAGAUGGUCACAUCAUGCCUUCAGGCACCGUGUGCAGAGAAAAGGAAAAUGCCUGUGAUCUUCCAGAACGGUGUAUCAGGACCUCACAACAGGGUCCAGAAGAUAUGUAUUUGGUGGAUGGGUCCGCUUGCACUGGUACUAGCUAUUGUUAUGAAAACAAGUGUAAUAACCGGGAUGAACAGUGCCAGAAGAUUUUUUGGUGA